AUGUGUGGUGUGGCCAGUGGACAGUCCAUCAUCCCCCAGACAGUCCUUCAUCCCCCAGACAGUCCAUCAUCCCCCAGACAGUCCAUCAUCCCCCAGACAGUCCAUCAUCCCCCAGACAGUCCUCCAUCCCCCAGACAGUCCAUCAUCCCCCAGACAGUCCUCCAUCCCCCAGACAGUCCUCUAUCCCCCAGACAGUCCAUCAUCCCCCAGACAGUCCUCCAUCCCCCAGACAGUCCAUCAUCCCCCAGACAGUCCAUCAUCCCCCAGACAGUCCAUCAUCCCCCAGACAGUCCUUCUCCCCCAGACAGUCCUCUAUCCCCCAGACAGUCCAUCAUCCCCCAGACAGUCCUCUAUCCCCCAGACAGUCCAUCAUCCCCCAGACAGUCCAUCAUCCCCCAGACAGUCCAUCAUCCCCCAGACAGUCCUUCAUCCCCCAGACAGUCCAUCAUCCCCAAGACAGUCCAUCAUCCCCCAGACAGUCCUCUAUCCCCCAGACAGUCCAUCAUCCCCCAGACAGUCCUCUAUCCCCCAGACAGUCCAUCAUCCCCCAGACAGUCCAUCAUCCCCCAGACAGUCCAUCAUCCCCCAGACAGUCCAUCAUCCCCCAGACAGUCCAUCAUCCCCCAGACAGUCCAUCAUCCCCCAGACAGUCCAUCAUCCCCCAGACAGUCCAUCAUCCCCCAGACAGUCCUCCAUCCCCCAGACAGUCCAUCAUCCCCCAGACAGUCCAUCAUCCCCCAGACAGUCCAUCAUCCCCCAGACAGUCCUUCUCCCCCAGACAGUCCUCUAUCCCCCAGACAGUCCUCUAUCCCCCAGACAGUCCAUCAUCCCCCAGACAGUCCUCUAUCCCCCAGACAGUCCAUCAUCCCCCAGACAGUCCAUCAUCCCCCAGACAGUCCAUCAUCCCCCAGACAGUCCUUCAUCCCCCAGACAGUCCAUCAUCCCCCAGACAGUCCAUCAUCCCCAAGACAGUCCAUCAUCCCCCAGACAGUCCUCUAUCCCCCAGACAGUCCUCUAUCCCCCAGACAGUCCAUCAUCCCCCAGACAGUCCUCUAUCCCCCAGACAGUCCAUCAUCCCCCAGACAGUCCAUCAUCCCCCAGACAGUCCAUCAUCCCCCAGACAGUCCAUCAUCCCCCAGACAGUCCAUCAUCCCCCAGACAGUCCAUCAUCCCCCAGACAGUCCAUCAUCCCCCAGACAGUCCUUCAUCCCCCAGACAGUCCAUCAUACCCCAGACAGUCCUCCAUCCCCCAGACAGUCCUCCAUCCCCCAGACAGUCCAUCAUCCCCCAGACAGUCCUCCAUCCCCCAGACAGUCCAUCAUCCCCCAGACAGUCCAUCAUCCCCCAGACAGUCCAUCAUCCCCCAGACAGUCCAUCAUCCCCCAGACAGUCCAUCAUCCCCCAGACAGUCCAUCAUCCCCCAGACAGUCCAUCAUCCCCCAGACAGUCCAUCAUCCCCCAGACAGUCCUCCAUCCCCCAGACAGUCCAUCAUCCCCCAGACAGUCCAUCACCCCCCAGACAGUCCAUCAUCCCCCAGACAGUCCAUCAUCCCCCAGACAGUCCAUCAUCCCCCAGACAGUCCAUCAUCCCCCAGACAGUCCAUCAUCCCCCAGACAGUCCAUCAUCCCCCAGACAGUCCUCUAUCCCCCAGACAGUCCAUCAUCCCCCAGACAGUCCAUCAUCCCCCAGACAGUCCAUCAUCCCCCAGACAGUCCAUCAUCCCCCAGACAGUCCAUCAUCCCCCAGACAGUCCAUCAUCCCCCAGACAGUCCAUCAUCCCCCAGACAGUCCAUCAUCCCCCAGACAGUCCAUCAUCCCCCAGACAGUCCUUCAUCCCCCAGACAGUCCAUCAUCCCCCAGACAGUCCUCCAUUCCCCAGACAGUCCAUCAUCCCCCAGACAGUCCAUCAUCCCCCAGACAGUCCAUCAUCCCCCAGACAGUCCAUCAUCCCCCAGACAGUCCAUCAUCCCCCAGACAGUCCAUCAUCCCCCAGACAGUCCAUCCCCCCCCAUCAACUCUCCAUCUUUAACCUCCAUUAG